AUGGACAUUCUUGUUGUAACUAUCAACAGGGAGAUGUAUGGUAUGGAAUCUCUGCUCAUGACUAUGGGCAAGAUGACAUUGAAAAUUAUGUUUGCAAUAGUUUCAAAAUUGCUUUUCUUAUAUGCAGAUAUCGUAUUACAAAUAUUGGAAGCAGAUAGAUAUCUAGUCAUCAAAACUCCAAAACCGAAGAAAGGAAGUGCCCUACACGCUUUAGCUCGAAAACCUUUAUCACACUAUGGUACAAUUCAAGAAUGGCUAUGUGAAAGACUUGCUAGAAUCGUCCCUAGUGUUCCCUUUAACAUGAAUUUUAGAAAUAAUUUAGCAAAGAUUUGUAGGUUUCAAAAGGAUAUAUGGUUCAAUAAUUUCAAAGAGAAGAAAAGCCAAUCAGUUGGCAGAGAAGAGGAAGUCUUUAAUCUCAUCUACUACACAGGAGCUAUUAAAGAUUUAUUGAUGGUCAGAAAAGAUAAAUUUGGAAACAACGUUUUGCAGUUGGCCGCGAAAUUACCACCUUCAAGCAGACUCAAUAGUGAGGUGGAGAAUAUUCUACGGUCUCCCCCUCAGUCUUCCAAUGUUCGGGAGGGAAAACUCUUCCAUGAGGCAGUCGCACCACUUGAUGGUGUGACAGUCCUAUCACUGUGUGCCACCUCGUCGGGUGGCCCACCAUACACCCUCGAGGAGCAUGAGGAGUUACGGGAAGCUAGUGAAAGGUGGAUGAAGGACACAUCAACUUUUUACAUGGUUGUCGCAAACUUAACUGCCACAGUUGCAUUAAAUGCAUCCUUUAUCGUACCAAAUGGGAAUAAGGUAGCUCACAACAGGAGGUUCACAGUUUUUGCUACAUCUAAUGCAUUGGCAAUGUUUAGCUCGACAGCUUCCAUAAUGACGUUCUUGUCUAUCUUAACUUCAGGCUAUGGAGAAGAUGAUUUUCUAUAUAUAUUAACGGUUAUGGUAUUCUGUAUUCCGCUCAACAAUCCGACCGUCAAGGUUUAUGUUCCGACCAGGAUUGCUUUGCAAUACCAAGGGCAGGAUGGAGCUAGCUGUACACAUUACCCAAAGCCAUUAGCCGGUGUGUGGUUAGUCUUAUCAUAUUCGACGCCCCUUGCCACUGCUAGAAUAUUUUGGGAUUGA